AUGCCUCCCAAGACCGCCGCAUUCGAGGCCGCCGCCACCCUCAACCUCACCGACGGCGAACUCAAGCUCGCCCUCGCAAUGAUGAAGCACGUGGACCGCCCUACCACCACCGUCCUCGAGAAGAUGGCCGAGGAGGCCGGCCUCUCCGGCGCCUCCAGCGCCCGCACCCUGCUCACCCGCGCCGCUACCAAGCACGGCUGGUUCGCCGGCGGCGGCAGCAGCAACAGCACCGAUGAUGGCUCCGGCUCCAUCCCUACGCCCCGCCCCAAGAAGGCCGCCACCCCCCGCAAGAAAAAGAUCUCCGAAGUCGAGGAGGGCGCCGAGGAGCAGGGCACGCCUACCAAGAAGCGCGGCCGCAAGAGCAAGGCGCAGAAGGCUGCGGAGGAGGCUGCUGCCGCUGAAGCUGCUGAAGCUGCUGCUGAGAAGACUGUGGAUGAUAAGGAAAUGAAGGAGGAUGGUGAUGGUGCUGUCAAGGAGGAGACUGGUGAUACCGAUGGCGCCAAGGAGGAGGAUGUCGAGCAGAAGUGA